AUUCGGCGGAACCCACGCCGCUACCCGUGAGCUGCAUUCCUCCACCGCCUCCUCCGCUUCCCCUCCCCCUCCCCCUCCCCCUCCCAGCCCUAACCCUAAUAACUUCUCCCUUCUCCCAUCUCUCGCUGCUCUUCCAACCGGUCUUCAGAUCCGAUUCGAUCUCCGUAGCGGCGAGCUUGUUUCCGGCUAUCACAUUGUGUAAUAUAACAUAAUUUGCUGAUUGUGCCAGGUUUGGCUAUUGAUCUGGGCAGAAUUAAUUAUGCAAAGACCUUUCAGAUCUUGGAAUCAACAAGCUUGAAGAUACAGACAAACAUAUGCAUUUUCUUUUACACUUUAGUGCUUCAAUAUUCUCAAAUUGCUUUGCCAGAGAUGGGUUAGUUCUGCUUUGAAGCUAGUUGAGCUUGAUAAUUACUAAUCAUGGAAAUGGGCUCAGAUGCUGAUACUUCCGAGAUUAUUGAAUUGAAAGAAGAAUUUGACCUGGUUCAUCAUUUUAAUCAACCAAAUCUAUUACAUAUUAAGUUGAAAGUAGGUGAAAGGGAUGGAAAGUCUCAUGUUUUUCCUGUUGAAGACAACAUCAACCGAUUUAUUGAGGCAAUUGAUCUCAGAACCACUCCUAGGGUUUUGAAAUCUUCUCAUCCCAAGGGUGUGGACUUGCUGCAGAAGAAAGUUGGCUUGUCUCAAGCAUCAGGAAUUGGAAAUUCUGAUUCUGUAACCCUGAAACAGGCACUAAGAAAGUUAUGCAUUUCUCAAGCAUCAGAGAUGGCUGCUCUAAAGAGGUCAUCCAAGCCACUAGGCUUAUCCAGCGUCUCUGAAGCUGGAAAAAUUCAAAGGCUAUAUGCAUCAGUGGUAAUUGAAGCUAGCAAGCCUGGUCUUUCACAAGAAGUUGAGAAAACAAAUUUGGUGGAAACAUCCCUUAUGCCUGUGAAAAAUACCACAAAUUCAUCUAAAAAUGUUACUAAACGAUGCAAUGUGGAUCUAUCAUGUAAAAAGGUGGUUUCUUCAUCACAUAAUGCAACUUCAAAACCAAAGCUCGGGAAGACAAGAAUCAAGGAUGUGUUGUCUCCUGGAUCAGCUAAAGCUAAAAAUGAUUCAUCUACUGUGAAGUCAAGAAUAAAAGAAGUAAAUGUUGAAACCUCUGUAUCUGGUCAUCAGACUUUUGCUGAAUCAAGCAAGCAUAUCUGGAGUCCUCACCUGAUCAAGCCAUUAUUUAGAGACAACGGAUGCUCUAGAAGGCAAGUAAAGCAGGAACCAGUAUCUGCUCCUGGGAGCUUUAGUAGAUCUACUGAAGUUAAUAAAAUUGGUUCAAUUACUCCUAAACCUAAAUUGAGUUGCAAGAAUGAGUCUAUUUCUCCUACAUCUUGCAGAAGGAGUCCUGAUGUAAUGUUCUGGAACCAAAACAAAGACGGGGGUAAAAGUGCUAAUUUUAGUCUAGCAAGCUCUAGUGGUUCUAGAAGUGUGACCAUAAAGAUGACUGAAAGUUCAAAAUCAAAAGAAAAGGGACAACUUUCCCAAUGCUCCAAGAGUGGAAGUUCAAAAUCAAGAGAGAAGGGACAGCUUUCCCAAAGCUCAAAGAGUGGCUCAAAGGGUAGCAUAGGCAAUUAUGGCAGCAGCACAAUCAUCAGUGAUGGAAGCAGCCAGAGUAGCUCUAGCAGUCACUGCAAUAGGCCUCACAUGUCUAUGGAUGUGAGAUGGGAAGCUAUCCGCCAUGUCCUGGUGCAACAGGGAAGCAUUGGAUUGAAGAACUUUGAACUUCUCAGAAGACUUGGUUCUGGAGAUAUUGGAACUGUUUAUCUUGCUGAGCUAAAUGGCUCGGGAUGCUUAUUUGCCUUGAAAGUCAUGGAUGUUGAUUUCUUGGCGAGUAGAAAGAAGAUGUUGAGGGCACAGACUGAAAGAGAGAUUCUGCAGAUGCUGGAUCAUCCGUUUCUUCCAACACUCUACACCCAUUUUACAACAGAAAAUCUCUCAUGUUUGGUAAUGGAGUACUGUCCAGCUGGGGAUUUGCAUGUCCUCCGGCAGAAGCAACCUGGCAAAAGUUUUCCUGAAUCAGCAGUUAGGUUUUAUGCAGCAGAAGUACUCCUUGCUCUUGAAUACUUGCACAUGCUAGGGGUGGUGUACCGAGAUCUCAAACCAGAAAACAUUCUAGUUCGAGAAGAUGGCCACAUUAUGCUCUCGGAUUUUGACCUGUCCCUAAGGUGCGCAGUGAGUCCCAUGAUUCUCAGAUCUUCAUCGGGAGCAUUUGAACCCGUGAAGAAGCAAUCAGGACCUCGUGCUGAAUCCGGCUGCACUGAACCACUCUGCCUUCAGCCAUCUUGGGUUCAUGCAUCAUGCUUCACACCUCGUUUGGUAUCUCCCAACAUGAAGAAAACCCAGAAGCUGAAGUCUGAUAUGGCCGACCGAGCUAGCCCAAUUCCUCAGCUUGUUGUGGAGCCUACUGAUGCACGUUCCAACUCUUUUGUUGGGACACACGAGUAUCUGGCUCCUGAGAUAAUUAAAGCAGAUGGACAUGGGAGUUCUGUGGAUUGGUGGACCUUUGGGAUAUUUCUAUUUGAAUUGCUCUUUGGCAGGACACCCUUCAAAGGAUCAGGUAAUGAAGAAACCUUGGUCAAUGUGGUCAAUCAGAGCCUAAAGUUCCCUAAGAGCCCAGCUGUUAGUUUUCAUGCAAGGGACUUGAUCAGAGGGUUGCUGAUAAAGGAGCCAGAAAACAGGCUUGGAUCUGUCAAGGGGGCAGCGGAGAUGAAGCGGCACCCUUUCUUUGAGGGAAUAAAUUGGGCACUGAUCCGUUGUGCAACGCCACCAGAGACACCACGAUGCUAUUUUCCUGGUACUUCAUUGGAGAUGGGCAGGAAAAAGGAAGGUAGAUGUCUUAAUUUUGGAGAGGAUAUUGAGUUUGAGUUAUUUUAGCACAAAUUCUGGUGUUGGGAGAAAGAUCUUGGUCGGCUAAUAGGUGCAUGCCUGCUCUCCCCCACCUUCCUGUAUUGUAACUGAUAGCUGUUCAUAUAAAUGUACAUCAUCUUUGAAGUAAGCUUUUAUCCUAA